AUGGCUCUUAAUCGCGUAGCAAUCCUCGCAAUUUCAAUGGUUUUGCUUUCUUCAGUUGCAAUGGCAGCCGAUCACAUUGUUGGUGAUGACAAGGGUUGGACUGUUGAUUUUAACUAUACUCAGUGGACUCAGGACAAGGUUUUCCGUGUUGGUGACAACCUUGUAUUCAAUUAUGACAACACAAAGCACAACAUCUUCAAAGUGAAUGGUACACUUUUUAAGGACUGCACUUUUCCACCAAAAAAUGAAGCACUCUCUACGGGAAAGGAUAUCAUUCAACUAAAAACAGAAGGAAGAAAGUGGUAUGUUUGUGGCGUAGCUGAUCAUUGUUCUGCUCAUCAAAUGAAAUUUGUCAUCACUGUUCUAGCAGAAGGCGCACCUGCUCCUUCCCCUCCUCCAUCUUCUAAUGCUCACUCUAUUGUAUCAUCUAUGUUUGGAGUUGUCAUGGUAGCCAUAGUGGCCAUGGCAACCAUUUUUGCUUAA